AAAAAUGUUUUUUCCUAAUUUACAUGGGAAAUCCUCAUAAAAUAGAUAAUGUCAUAAUAACUGUAGAUUAGGCUACUAGGAUUCGAGAUAUGGCGUCAGUGAUCGGUAUCACUCAAUGGAAACAAUUAUACAUUUGUGGCUAUCAUUUAAUCCACCAGACUCGUGCCUCGCCCCCUCCAGUGUAGAUGAUUUAAAUAAUCCUUUGUUUACAUGAUGCAGUCCCUCUGUCCGCGGAAGGAGGCUUUUGGUAGUGCUGUGUGAUUCCUACCAGCUGUUUCCCGCCUUGAAAGACAUCCGAUCAGCUGCAACUACACACAUACACGUACAUGCAGAAGGAAAGAGAGAGAGAUUGAGAGCGCCACACAACGAGGGAACCCUAUCAGCUGGAAGUAGAGUAACGUUACAACUCCGACUGCUCUGCUACCACAUAAGGAAAUUUCCGAAUUAUGAAAUUAUUCUAGAUUUAUGAGCAAGGGAAUUUGCAACUGGAACAUAUUUUGUGCGUUAAUUCAUUUGAACCGGGGGACACACAACUGGAGAGGAAAGCAUGGAGUAUUUCAUGGUACCAGCACAGAAGGUGCCCUCCUUGCAACAUUUUAGGAAAACGGAGAAGGAAGUGAUUGGGGGUCUUUGCAGCCUGGCGAACAUUCCCCUGACCCCCGAGACGGCGCGCGACCAGGAGCGGCGGAUCCGCCGGGAGAUCGCCAACAGCAACGAGCGGCGGCGCAUGCAGAGCAUCAACUCCGGCUUCCAAUCGCUCAAGACGCUCAUCCCCCACAGCGACGGAGAGAAACUCAGCAAGGUGGGUCCGAGGGAGGAAAGGAAGGGAGAGAAACUCAGCAAGGCAGCCAUCUUGCAGCAGACAGCAGAGUACAUCUUCGCUCUGGAGCAGGAGAAGACACGGCUACUGCAGCAGAACAGCCAGCUCAAACGCUUCAUUCAGGAGUUCAGCGGCUCCUCCCCAAAGAGGAGGCGUGGGGCGGAGGAGAAGGAUGAAGGGAUCGGUUCCCCAGACAUUUUGGAGGAGGAGAAGACGGAGGACCUGCGGAGGGAGAUGGUGGAGCUGAGACAGCAGCUGGACAAGGAGCGCUCUGUCCGCAUGAUGCUGGAGGAGCAUUUGAGACAGGAGGAGGUCUGCUGUGUUGUGGUUGGUGGUACUCAGCCUGAACAUGUGUUAGGAGCUCACUCCGAGCAGCAGGAGAGAGCCAGCACCCCAGCCCACUGCCCACAGGUGCUGGCCCCCAGGUCGCCCCCCGCCCCCACCCACCACCCCACGGUCAUCGUCCCAGCCCCGCCUCCCCAUCACGUCACCGUGGUAACCAUGGGCCCGGCCUCUGUCAUCAACACAGCCUCCACGUCUCGCCAGAACCUGGACACCAUUGUGCAGGCCAUCCAGCACAUUGAGAGCAUCCAGGAGAGGGUGGGGGAGGAGGAGCAGCGCCGGGCGGUGAUCGUCACCCAGGGACGCGCCCUCACAGACACAGCGGGGUCCGACACGGCGUCCGACAGUGAGGGGCCAGAGGACUGCUCACUGCCCUGAGGCCUCCCAUCACACACAGGGGCCACGAGAGGGGGCCCCAUACAACACCCACAAUACUCUGAUUAUAUGGCCAUUUAUUAGGUUGGAUAGACGGAUCAGACUCACACACACACACUGAACUAGGAUAGUCUACUGUAACCGGAUAAUUACACAUGCACACUUCUUUCUGUCUCUCUUUUCUGCUUUCUUGCUUUUUCUCAAACCGGACAAAAAAAAUCAGUAGAAAGGUGAUGGGUUGACCUGACAGUUCCACAUAGCUCAAGCAGCCAGCAGCCUUCCCAACGGUCACGACGCACCCAUCCAACCCACUCCCUCUCUGGGUCUUGCUUCUCCAGAGGGCUGCCUGAGGAUGGAAGUGUCACACCCAGGUCCAGCCCGGUCCCUUGGCUCAGUUGUCCAAUGGAGACUCUUUCUCACCUUCUCCAAAACCAACUAAGCAACUUAUGCCCAGCGAGCAGGAGAGCGCGCCUGGACAGGACAGGUGUACCCCAACCAGCAGCACAGCCGUCCCAGGCGACCCCCCCAUACGAGAGAUCAUUUCUCCAAGAAGUCUUCUACUUCCUGUAUGUCUUCACCAUAUUUCUGCCCAGUGGGAUCUCCCCUGAGCGAUGAGACACUGUGAGCAUUCAAAGACACAUUCUGAAUCAGUUCUAACACACCUUUUUGGCUCCUUAGUAAGAGAAAAUGUUGUCGUUUUUCUGUUGUACUUUACUAAGAGUUUGUGUUACAGGUUUUCUUUUUGAUCUUGUGUUCUGCUCGGGGACUCUGGAUGAUAAAUCACAGGGAUUGUACUGAAACGUGACAACACAGAAAAUGCCCAUAUUGACGCAGCUAGAGGUCUGUUCAUUUCAGUGGUGCUUACUAAGGAAAGAGGAGGAGUGCACUUACGGUUCCCUCUGUCUCUUUUUGCGCCAUCACACUUUUUACUGGGCUGGGUUCCCAGUAGACAUUUAUGUAGGCGACACUCUCCCCUAAUUACAAACACGUAUGUUGGUUGCAUCAGUAGUACAGAUAAAAACCUGUAACACUGAUUCACCCUUUUGUCUGUUGCUUCUGACAUUUUGGCAUCUAGCUUGUUGAAUAAGCUAAUCGAUGGGUACGCCGUGAGUUUUUAAAACCCUUUGUGUGUUUUUGCUGUUGUACACAUAGGAUAGGCUGGUGUAUCCAGCUCCACGCUGUAAUUAGGUGGGUUGUGUCCGGGGUUAGGAAAGCCCUGUAUUUGGGACAGGCCUCUGUUUGAUAUUGUAGGAGAACACACACACCCCCCCUCUGCAAUUAAUGGUCCCAUCAUCUGAUAAAGCUCCUCCCAUCAUCUGAUAAAGCUCCUCCCAUCAUCUGAUAAAGCUCCUCCCAUCAUUUGUCCCUGAGUUUUGGAAACGUCUCUGAUGUUUGUGAGUUCAGAACCUUAACGGCCAAUGAUAUUGGUUGACUGAGCAUUUGACUAUGUAUUCACUAAUAGGAACAAGCGUCCUGGGGGGGGCAGGUGUCUGUGGUAUCACCAUACUACUCAGCAUCGUGAUACUUGGCUUGGUAUCACGUCAUAAUGGUGAUAUUGUGACAACCCCACUCUGAAAAUAGGCACCUUUUCUUGUGGUUUCCACAGAUUUCUAGAAUGUCUCUCUGCAAAAACAUGUUUUGGGCCCUCAGCCAGGGAUGCUAACUGGUAUUGUCUGUUUUUAUUAUUGUGCUUUUGGGCGUUUAUCAUUCUCUCUGUGAAGUCUGUCUAUGAUGGUUUUGUUGUGCCCCAGAUAUGACAGUGGUUUUACAGGGAUCACAGACACUUUUUCAAAAACCUGAGUUUUCCCAGGCUGACCUGACUGAACCUGGCUGUAUUGAAGGUUCUCCUGUCCCGUGGAGUGAGGAGGGAAUGCAGACAGACAUGUACAGUCAUGGUGUGUUCGAGAGACCCAGAUUCUGUGCAGAUUGUCAGAUCCUUACAAUACUUACAGAAAUUGUGCAGAAUAUGCCCAUGUGGAUUGCACCCAGGAUAACACGCUGCCUGGGGUGUGUGGAGAGAGCGAGGGGGGCAGCGCUUUGCCAUAACACAGCUUCUAAUGUGCAGGGUAGGCACUGUGAGGCCAGCCUUACUCAACCCUGGAGUCAGAGCGAGAAAGAGGUAGAGGCUGGCUACACCUAUAGGGAAAGCCUGAACAUUGUUCAAUAGGAGUGAUACUGUAAACCUUUUUGUCGAGAACCUCCCAAUAUAAAUACGCUUAUGCUUUGUUUUAGUGUGCUGUGGUUUCCAAGAGGAGAUGUGGAUGCAUUGUUUUUAGACAUUCCAGAAGAUUCCACCAGUACCUUUAGCAUCUUUAACUGGCACUUUUCAAGAGCAAAAAGCAACGGUUUUGUCCGAGGUUAUUUUUGGCCACAAUACGGCCAAACGCAAAGGAAUCGUUUUUUAUGUAAAAUUAUUUGAUGGCAAAUUGGAUUGAUUUGUUGAUUGUCCCUUAUGUCUUCCCAUUGAGUGUAGAGGGAGUCCUUUACUGCUGGACAGAUGAGAUGCAUCUCCCUCCUAUCCUUCCUUCUUGGUAUUUACAGUGGAUUCACACUGGCCACGUUCAAGGCCACUUCACUGCAGUCACAUGCCAGAACCUCACAAUGCCUGGAUAGGUGUUUUUGUAUCAGCUUACCACAAAAUGAUACCGCCAACUGAUGCCCGACUGGAAAGUCAGUGAGGUGGCACGCAACCGCAGGUUGCUGCGUGCAGUGCGACUGCAAUGUAGUCAGCCUGGAACGCGACCACUGUGUUCACCCAGGAAGAAAACCGACUUAGCCAUGUUGAGUUCCAUUAUUUGGAAAUGGUCAGUGAUUCUUGAGGUGUGCCCUCUUAUAAACCUUAUAAUCUGGAUCGGAGGGGGCAGUCCUCCGAGACAGUCCUAUUGAUUGCUGAACAAAAUGUUAUUUUUUUUGUUUGGUUACGCUUUACGCUAUGUCCGUAGAAACCUUUUCGUACCCCUUUUCAGUACCUGUCUUCAAACAUUUCCUCUGCUGAUGCCAAGCACUGUCCCAUAGAUUUUUGUGUGUAUCUUCUAUACGAUAUCUCUGUUAGAUACAUAACAGAUUGCCUGUGAGGUGGUCAGGGAGGGGGUCAGUGAAUGGGGGGGGGGUUACGAUUCUAAAGCACUUACUGUACUAUAUAUGGGAGAGGGUUCCUCUUAUUUUUCUAAAAGGGGGCCUCACCUCGGCUGAAGCUCUUGAUAUGUUGUGAGACUAAAAGCACACAGCUGUGUAUUUCCCCCUUUCCCUGUGUCUGACCCGGUCAUAUACCCUGGGUGUAUUCAUUAGGCACCAAACGGAAGAAAAUGGACUGAAACAGGGAGAUACUACCUGACCUUGCUCAAUAAGAAACAGUUGUUUUCCUUUUCCAUUGCUACGGUGUGCCCUAGUGAAUACAACCCCUGUCCCAUGUCUGUCUGUCCCUCAUCUCUUUGUCUGUCUGUGGUCAACACAAGACUCUCAUCCUGUCUUCUCUCUCCUUCACUCACGCUCUCCGUCACUCACGCCCUCCUCUCCUCCCCAGCUCCUCUUUAUCUGUUGUCUUAUGUUUUGUUGGACAGUCAGUCCACACGGUCGUUGAGAAGCUAUUAUAUGUAGAGUUUUUUUUAAGAAGAAACUUGUGGGUGGAUAAAGAAGAGGCUUGUGCCUUUUGUAAAG